CCAGCGUAAGAUUUGUCAAAGGUCAUUCGUCUCGAACGCUCUCCACCAUAACAGGCCGUUCAAAUCUCGAAAUUUUUACAAGGCCUGGAACAAACAUGUCUUUGCUAUCUCUGGCGCUUUAUCCGGAUAUGUGAAUAGAGACUGUCUUCAAAGCUUGAUGGAAAUGAUGUACACCGGCAACAAACGAUUCGAUCGCGUGAUGCGUCUGCUAGACGAACUGCAGGAGAUUGUUGGUUGGUAUAUGGAUGUGACUAGGACAGGAAUAUGUGCACGCACACAGCAGGCAGAAUAUGCAAACAAAGAAAGGGCCGUGCACGAGGGAAUGAAGAGUCUGUAUGAAACCAGUAAACUCCUGGCAAAUGGGCGGGAUAUCCUUCACAUAUAGGUGGUGAACCUGUGCACCUUCCGCCAUGAUUGAGCCUGAAUUCUUUUCCGGUGGUGAGAUGUGAUAAAGAAACUCUGAUCAGAUAUGCGCGGCGCGGUUGUAUGAUAUU